AUGGAAGGCAGCUUGGGGAUUUUGUACGCUUGCGGCGAGCAGACUGACGGGAAGAUCACAGUCGUGAACAGUCUCUUGGGACGCAAGGUACGAGAAAUCUGCGGCGGUUAUGAUCGAUUUGUGGCGUUGGUGGACGCGUGGGAACUUGAGUGGGCCGUCAGCAAAGAAAGCUACUUGGAGAGUCAGUUGGUGGAGGAAGGAUUGAAAGAUGUUAAGGUCCACCAUGUCGCAGUUGGGAAGAACUACAGCGUUGCGCUCUCAUUAGACGGUCAGCUAUUCUCUUGGGGUCGAUCUGGUGCAGUAUUGCAGUGUAGUGAACUCGGUCACCAGCAUGGCGUGUCUAAUGUGUACAAGUACCGUGUCACAACACCUGGGCCUGAAUCGGAUGAUACGACUGCUACGGGUAUCCCUCAUCGGGUCGUAACAUCUUCAGAGCUCUUUUUCUCUCGAGUAUCUUGCGGUAAACACCACUCCGCUGCUGUCACGGAUAAUGGAGAUCUGUAUACUUGGGGUCGGAACACCGAAGGUCAGCUGGGGCACGUGUUCAGGACUCUUCCGAAAGAGGUUAAUACUGUGGUUAAUGGCAUCGGUGCGUGGCCGAAAUACGUUGGUUUCUUUCUAGGUAAACCUCGCGUUGUGUCUGCCUGUUGUGGCAAUAGCUUCACUGCGGUACUUCUAGCAGACGGCAGCGUUUACCUGCUUGGUGGUAGUUCACUUAGGCCAGUCUCCAAGAAGGCCUUUACUUCGAAGACAAUCAACUUGAUACUGGAUACAGGGUCUGAUGGUGAACCUUUCGUCGAUUUAGCAUGUGGAGCCGAACAUAUUCUAGCGGUAACAAACAAUGGUGAGAUGCAUUCAUGGGGACUUAACACGUUUGGUCAACUUGGACACGGUGGGAAGACUGGAAGAGGGAAAACUGAAAUUAAAGGCGGGAAGGCUUUACCUGGUACUGUGCCAGGUGAUAGUUCGAUCAAGUGGAUAAAAGCUUUCGGUGGUGGCAGUUAUUCAGCCGGAAUUACAACUGAAAACCAACUGUACACGUGGGGGAACGGAAGUUACGGGAAGUUGGGGCAUGGUAACAAUUCCUGCGAGUUUGAGCCACGAUGUGUAGAAUUGUUACAGCACGUUCAUAUCGGGCCAGUGGUGUGUACAGAUCGCAAUCUCUUCGUCUUUGCACCGACCUAUAUCUCCGGAAUAGUCCCAGUUUGUGGGGAGUACACGGGUGGAUACGAGUUGCGGAUACGCGGCAGUGGAUUCUGGUCUAGUGACAAUGUUACAGUGCGAUUCGUGCCAUUGACGGAUGGUCGACUACUACGCGGCACGCUUGGAACAUUCUGUGAGGUUACAGGGGAGGUGGUUUGUCAAGUACCAAAGUUCCGGUUGACGGGAGAAUACGCUGUCGAAGUGUCGAUGAACGGGAAACAUUUUACUUCAAACGGCAGAGUUUUUACAGUGUUUAAGCGUCCACAAGUUGCUGCAGUGUCAGUGUUCGACGUUCGGUUUGACGGAGGGGAGGAGCUUACAUUUUCACUAUGUGGUAGUCUUCCAGAGAUCUGUAGACGUCCGAUUAUCCGUUUUGUACGCUGUGGUAUUGAUGGAAGCAGUGGACAACUUGUACCAAUGGAUAAUGUUGAGAGUUCAGUUUCAGUUGGAGUUUUCGAUGAAUCUUCAAUAAACGUUGACGAAGAAACUGGACAUGAUUCUUCAGAUGUUACUGGUAGAUUGCUUCGAUUAACUCUACCUGCUCUUUCCAGUAACGGAGAGGGUAUUGUGCCGUUCACACUGGAGAUUUCUUACGAUGGAGGCCUCAUGUUUACACCAGUGUGUGUGGAUCCAACGCUUGCGAGACAAAAUGAUGAAGAUGACGACGAAGAGAACUACAAUCACUCUGGUAAACACGAGGAACCAGAGCAAAUAAAGCCUCACAUAAUUUGGGCGCAUGAUGCUCAAUUGGUUCGUGUUAGUCCCAACUCGUUCCUUACUAACGAUCUGCCACGGAAAAUUACACUGGAAUUGUCAAACCUCCUUCCACUUGGAGUAGCAAAGCUCUUGGUGACAAUGGUGCACUCUCUAUCUAAUGCCAGUGAUGAAACCAAUAAUGCAAUUGCGUCGGCUACUCUUAGUAUAGACAAAGUGGAAGGAAACUUCGUGACGUGUACAAUUCCACGUCUGAAUGAGUGGCAGUGCACAUCUCCUACUAAUCCUAAAGCUCAGGGGUUGUCCUCGGAAUGGUGGAAGAUAUACGCGAAGACAGGGUUUAUAUGCGGAAUCCAGGUCUCUAUGAACGCUGGGAGAACGUUUCUACCAGCUCAGCUGCAACUCGGAGGAAGAAGCGCCUCAACAGCAACUCAAGUGUUCGGUUUACUUACCACCGGAAAGUUACUGAGUAUGUUCCCUAACGUCGGGAUGGUGUCUGGAGGUACACAAGUGUCUGUGGCUGGUGACUUUUUCCACUUCGACACUCAAGACGCAGCUGUGAAGCUCAAGUGGAGAGAAAGUAACGUCGUACUUCCUGCGAUUUGCGUUCGACCAGAGGAAUCUACUGGAGGUAAAAAAGCGAACUCGACCACUCGACGUGUGGUGUUCCGUACUCCACCUUUGCCGUUCCCUGACGACACAGCUACUGCUACUGCAAUGGCCGAGGGAAUGAUCCUUGGUACACGAGAAGAAGUUGAGGUCUUUGUAUCGUUAGAUGGUGAACACUUUACGGAUACAGCUCUAAGUUUCGUGUAUUGUGCGGUCCCUGAGAUAACUGGGAUUACCCCUCACGAAGCAGAACCUGGCACGAAAAUGGUGUUGACAGUGGAGAAAGUGGUCGCUACUACCGCAGCUUGUGUAAGACUGGAAGCUGCUGAGUCAAAAGUCUCGCUGGUGGUACCGGUGGAUAUCGACGAAGUAGCUCAUACGGCAACGUUUGUGCUUCCUGAUCUCCCUCAUAGUGCCGAGGAGCAGGUGCAUGUGACAUUGUCGCUCAAUGGCCAAGAGUUCACGGAGGCUGUUACAGACCACACAGUGGUGCCAAAUGCAGGAGAAUCGAGCUUCCGCUACAAAAGCCUGGCAACCUGAACUGCUUUUUGCAGAAAGCAAAGGAGGCUUGAACGUCCGCUAUUUUAAAAGGGAAAACAGAAACUAUUAUAGUCCAAUACUG